CAAACAUGGCGGCCGAAUAUGGAUAAAAGAGAAAAAUAUUAACAGAUUAAAAACACCGAAAAUUGCACGUAAAAUGUUUCGAUAUAUCUUAAUUUUAACCAAAGAAGGUAGAACGCGCUUUUCGAAGUAUUAUGUAGAUCUUGAAAGAGAGGAAAGAGUUUUAACCGAAGCAGAAAUCGGUCGAAAAUGUCUGCAGCGUCGGGCAGACCAGUGUACUUUUAUGGAAUACAAAGAUCAUAAAAUUGUCUAUAGACGAUAUGCCUCGUUGUAUUUUGUUGCUGGAGUGGAUAUGGACGAGAACGAACUUGCUGUCUCAGAGUUUAUCCAAAACAUCGUAGAAACCCUUAAUAGUUAUUUUAAAAAUGUUACUGAAAUGCAUAUAAUGUGUCAUAUUGAUAAAGUUCACAUGAUCCUGGACGAAAUGAUAGUGAACGGUGAUGUUGUUGAAUCAAGAAGGAAAAAUGUCCUGGCCAUGAUGCGAGUCAUCGAUGGAAAAACCUGAAUAACACAAGAAUAAGCCGGACACACGUGCUGCGCUUUUGAGGCGAAUUCGAUUUCCAUACAGCCGGCAAAAUGAUCUGUGGUCUUGUUAUCUGUAGUACCUCAACUUCCUUAUCCUAGCUCCCCUACAUUGGCUCUGUCAACGAUGAAAACAUAUAAGUCCGCGCUUGAAUCCGCAGCUUGCGCGUCUAUCUUUAGUGUCAUCGUCAUUUCAUGUGUAAGCAAAAAAUGUAAAUAGAAUUUGGUGGGAAAGUAUGCCUGUGAACUGCUCCUGCGACCUAGAUAGAUCAGAUUUAUUGAUGUACUAAUUUCCCACGUAUAGCUUUUAAUAUAAUUACCAUGUGUUAAAUAAAAGUUC